UGGCUUCGUUGUCACUCUAGUCAUGCGGCAUGUCACGUGUACCAGAGCAGUCUUUGGACCAUCCCAAAUCCGAGUAACACAAGUCUGGACAAUUACCAUCUUCUUACUCUCUUUUUGCCCCCUGAAUUGAGGGCGGCCACCGUCACUUCCUCCUCUUCCUUACUCUUCUAAAAUUCCACUCGUUCUCUCACUCUGAAGAACGAACUGCCUGCUGAAGCUAUGAGGGUGAGGCAACAGCGGUUCCCUUUCAUCACAUUGUUGUUACUCUGUUUUCCCCUUUUCCAGGCUGCCGCUGCCAGCACCGUCAGAUCCAGCCAUGCCUCCCUUGACGAGAUCCACAGCCGAGUCCUCGCUGCCAGAUCUGCCGCCGCCAAGGCGCCUGCUGCUCCCGCCGCCCCUGAUGCUCCGGUAAACCUCACAUCUCUCAUGGCCAGAAAGGGAUGCGCCGCCUUCGCCAACCUUCUCGCCUCCACCUCCGACGCGGCCCAGGCUUUCGCCAGCAGCGUCGACGGCGGCCUCACCGCCUUCUGCCCCAUCGACCAGGUCAUGAAGCCCUUCCUCCCCACAUUCAAGAAUCUCACCCCCGACGGCAAGCUCUCCCUCAUACUCUACCACGCGCUUCCCGUCUACUACUCCAUCGCCUCCCUCCGGACCGGCAACGGCGUCGUCAACACCCUCGCCACCGACGGCACCGCCAAGAACUACAACCUCACAGUCCAGAACGAGGGCGAGCAGGUGACUCUCAAGACGCGGCUAACCGUCGCCACCAUCACCGCCACGCUCAUUGACAAGGACCCUUUGGCCGUCUACGCCGUCGAUGAGGUGCUGCGGCCGGAAGAGCUGUUCAAACCUGUCGAGUCGACGGCGCCGACCCCGGCCCCAGCCCAGGCCCCGGCACCGGAGGCCCCGAAGAAGAAGAAGAAGAAGGCCCCUAAAGCAGGGAAAUCGGAAAAGGCGUUGGCCCCAGCGGGGCCACAGGAGCAGCCGGGGGAUCAGAAGGCCGCCGAUGAGAGCGCCGCAGCUAGGAAUGGGUUGUCGAUGGUGAUGGCCAUGCCGGUGGCGACCGCAGCGCUGGCGAUGGCAGUUUCCCUUUUUUAAGUAUUCAAGUUUAGUGAGUGCAAGCUUCGGUUGCUGUUCUGUAAUUUCAUCAAGAAGACAAAUAAUAUUGAUUUGUCUUUUUUUGUUUUCUCACUUUUUUUUUAUUA